AUGACAACGGAAAAAGUAGCAACAGACAAGCAUCAGCUCUCCGUAUAUCCACUGUCUCACUCUACUUCAUCUGAAGAAAAAGUUGGUGGAAGGGGAGACCUUGAUGCUCUUCUUUGCCUUCUUGUUGUUUCUCGAUUUUUUAUGGAGCUGAAGGGGUUCUUGGGGUUGUUCCUGGCUUUGAUUCUGGUGGUAUUGCUCCCUGGUUUUGUGAUUGGAGGUGAUAUAGUUCAUGAGGAUGAUGAGGCCCCCAAACAGCCUAAUUGCUCUAACAACUUUGUCUUGGUAAAAGUGCAAACAUGGAUUGAUAAUAGAGAAGACAGUGAGUUUGUUGGUGUUGGUGCUAGAUUUGGCACUCCAUUGGAAUCUCAAGAAAGGCAUGCCAAUCGAACCCGUCUUUUAAUAGCAGAUCCUCCUGAUCUCUGCAGUCCACCUAGGAAAAAGGUGCUUCUCUAUUCCCCUUUCUUGGUCAUCAAUGAUAUUCCAAUGUGA